AUGGUUGGGACCAAUGAGACCUCCCCUGUACAAGGAUUCAUUCUUUUGGGCCUCUCAGCCCACCCAAAACUGGAGAAAACAUUCUUCGUGCUCAUCCUGGCCAUGUACCUGGUGAUCCUGCUAGGCAACGGGGUCCUCAUCCUGGUGACCAUCCUUGACUCCCACCUGCACACACCCAUGUACUUCUUCCUGGGGAACCUCUCCUUCCUGGACGUCUGCUACACGACCUCCUCUGUCCCCCUCAUUCUUGACAGCUUCCUCACUCCCAGGAAAACCAUCUCCUUCUCAGGCUGUGCUGUGCAGAUGUUUCUGUCCUUUGCCAUGGGAGCCACAGAGUGUGUGCUCCUGGGCAUGAUGGCGUUUGAUCGCUAUGUGGCCAUCUGCACCCCACUCAGGUACCCUGUGGUCAUGAGCAAGGCUGCCUACAUGCCCAUGGCCAUCAGCUCCUGGGCGGCCGGGAGUAUUACUGCCACUGUACAGACAUCUCUAGCAAUGCAACUUCCCUUCUGUGGGGACAAUGUCAUCAACCACUUCACCUGUGAGAUCCUGGCUGUCUUGAAAUUGGCCUGUGCUGACAUCUCUGUCAAUGUGAUCAGCAUGGGGGUGGCCAAUGUGAUCUUCCUAGGGGUGCCUGUCCUGUUCAUCUUUGUCUCCUAUGUCUUCAUCCUCACCACCAUCCUGAGGAUUCCCUCCGCCGAGGGCAGGAAAAAGGCCUUCUCCACUUGCUCUGCACACCUCACUGUGGUGGUCAUCUUCUACGGGACCAUCCUCUUCAUGUACGGAAAGCCCAAGUCCAAGGACCCCCUGGGGGCAGACAAGCAGGACCUUGCAGACAAGCUCAUCUCCCUCUUCUAUGGGGUGGUCACCCCCAUGCUGAACCCCAUCAUCUACAGCCUGAGAAACAAGGACGUGAAGGCUGCCGUGAGGAACCUGGUAAGUCAAAGACAGGGAUUCCCAAUGACUCUGGCUCUGUGA